GGGGUGGAGCAUCCACAGCCUCUCUGAGAUUUCUUUGAAAAUAGGAACCUUCCUGGAAGCAGGAGCUUUGUGUGGGGACGUGGGUGGUUUGGCACAGCCCUGCACCAACAUUCAAGCCCCACAGAUCAGAUUCAGGAGGUUCUGUCACUCCUUUUGCCAAAUAACCAUUGGAUUUGAAAAACUUUUCCAGCAGCCAGGACCCCAGUUUGCUUUGUCUCUUGAAAAAUAUCAUGAAUGCCUGCUUCUUAUAUUCCUCCACUGCCAUCCAUCCACAUCUUCCCAAAGAAAGAGCAGCUCAGCCAUCCCUGUUUGAGGGCAUUACUUCAGCCCCAGGUGAGACCUAAGCCCUGCUGUGAAUCACCAGCAACCCUCAUGUAACCGAGCAUGGGGGCUGCUGUGAGCACAGGGGCUGCUCCGAUGUGCGCAGCAAAAGGGUUGAAUGCCUCAGAAGGAAAAAAUGUGCUUGUUAUUUUUAACUUCAGUUGACUAUAAGAGCCUCUCCUUCUCCAGCAAGGUUAUGGCAUACCUGGUAGGGGUAAAGACUUACAAGAGCUGAUCAUCCAGCGUGUGGUUCAGUCAGGUCUGGUAAAUGCAAGGUAAAAUAAUGCAAAAUUAAAACAGUUGAAGUUGAAGGAAACCAGGCUGUCUCCCUGGUGGGCUGAAUGGCUCGCAGUAACGCUGAGCAGGGGCUGCAGGCUGGGGUGCUGACAUUCUUGCUCUGCAGCCUCAAUGUUUCUUUUUCCUCUUGGCUGCUGGCUGCCGCUCCUGGGAUUUUCUGUGUUGGAAACACUUUCUGGUACAGUCGAUCAAAAGGGCUCCCGUUGGUUCUCCUCGGUGUUUUAAGAAGCAUCUCUAAGCAGUUCGGUGCAAAUCACCCUACGGUCCGUGUAACCACCAGCAAAAGCCUUUGAUAGGGCUGGGCUGGCGCUGCAGGCUGUGGCAGGUGUGGGGAAAUGAAUCAGAGCUCUGGUCUGCAGAUCCCGCUGGGGAUUUCCACUUGGAUUUCCCCUUCAGCAGACCUGGUGGUUGUGAUCGCCGUGCAGCGAAGGUUAAUAAUAAGUGGUAUGAAGGGGAUGUGAGCCCGCCACAGAUAACAGUGAAGUUACUUGGACUCCUUGGGGGGAUCAGUGUUUUCAGUCGACCUCUGCAUGUGAAAAGCUGUGAGCAGCUCAGCACAGGCACCUGCAGAAACUUUCAUUUGGCAAAAUUCUGACUUACAGGUCCUUACAAGUUAAUUUUUGAAACAAAAGAUUAAUUGAAGUGCUUUGGAUUAGUGUGAGACUGGCCUGGCUUCAAGGCAGCGGGGUGCUGGUUGCGUUACUUUGCAUUCUGAUGGCGUGGGUCGCGGUUGGGAUGUGGGGGGUUCUGGCUCUGCCCCUCACUGGGAUGCUUUUCAUCAUAUGGCUUUAGGGAAGAUUAUGGAGCAAGAGCUCCCUGCAGGGACGGGGUGUGAGAGCUGUUUGAAAGCUGUGUGCGCUGCUUUGGGCAUCUGUGAAAAAUUGCUCCCACUUAAAUCUGCUGGAAACUUGGGGAAGCUUUAACUGCUCCUGAGUGAAAGAGGCUUCACUGCUUCCCCAUACAGCAGGUACCCGUGUGGAUGAGUGGAUGGGCCCCUGGAAAGCUCCCUGCUGCACCAGACAGGCUGUGCUUUGUGGGCAGUGCAGGGCUGGUUCUGGCCUCUGGGGGCCUUCCUGCCUAAUGAAGGCUUGGGCCCAGCAUCCGUGAUAACACAUCGUACCUCGUGUAAAUUUAGAACAGAUUGCAACCGAUUUUCACAUGCUGCUGCUACAGUAUUCUUUCUCAAGCUAUGCCAGAUUGCUUCGUGCAGCAAAGCAGCUCCAGCUUUGUGAGUGAGGAGUCUGGGACCUACAGAGCUGUCCUUCAGUGCUCGAGGAGCUGUGUGCACCUCUCCACUGCAGGUGUAUGGGUGCUGCUGAGUGAGGGGCUCCCAGUGCCUUACACUGGAGAAGUUUCACGUGGAGGGUGGCUUUGUAGUGACUGUAAUUAUCUCCUGGCUCACCUCUGCAGGGAUGUGUGAGGACUUCACUGGUGACAUCCCAUCCCUAUGAGCAUGGCAGGUGUGAUGACUUUGAGAACCUAGGUUCCUUGCUUCUAGUUUUUUCCCUUUGCUGCCUUUUGUUUGUCCUGUCCAUUAAAAUUGUGCCCUGCAUGUAAGUUAGGGCCCAGUGGUAUCACAUUCCUAUAGCUGCUCUGCCCGCACCGAGCAGGAUGAGGGCUGUGUUUGUUCCUCAGCACCCGAGCUGCUCCCACCUGUGAUCUGUCACUCCCCAGCACUCACAUAGGUGCCUAUAGAUUCCUUUCCCAGGGUACUUAAUGCUUAGAACAGAAUCUAUUGUCCUUUGGGCCCAGUACUGCUGGGGCAGUGCCGGGGGGGUGUCCCUGGGUCUGUAGCCAUGAACCAUCCAUAUAGGUGUACUGUUGUGGCUCCAUGGAUCAUAAAUGUUGCUGCUGAGAUGAAAUGGAAUUUUAAGGCUGUAUCCCUUGGCACAUUCUCUAUGAUGCUGUGACUUUCCAUCUGAAGGGAGCUGAUGAAAUCUAUUGACUUUUCCAUCUCUUAGAAGAGUCUGUAUAUUGUAAGAAUAAAAUGUGAAUUAAAAAAAAAAAGGAACAGCAGCAGCUGCAGUUUGAUAGAGGAAGAUGGGCCAGUGAACAAAUACUUUCAAGCAAGUUGGUCACUGAAGAGUUGUCCAUAGCUGAGCAAGAGCCGUGCUCCAACCCUGCAUUCUUGCUGGCCUGUUACAGGGCACAGCUGCAAUGCAGGGGGCAUCUGUGGUGCUUACAGCUUUCAGCUGCCUGUAGCCCUGGUCAGGCCAUGCUUUGGUAACUUCCUUUUUAGAGGUGCUUCAGUGUGAGCUGUGGUGGGACAGAGCUUGGGGCCGCUGCUGGAGCCAGUCCUGUCCUUGCAAAGAGCUUCCACCUGAAGUGCCCUGUCCAGGCCAAUGAUACGAUUUCUUUCGGCACUUGGGUUGACAGAAACAGACACAAGCAGAUCUCCUUUAGAGUCUCACUGGUGUCAGGCGAGCAGUGCAUUGAAUUCUGUUGUUUGCAUGGCCGUGGUGCCCAUGCUGACAGCAGGCUGCUCAGAGCUGGGUGAGGCGAGGGCUGCGGGUGAUUUACAUGCUGCUGAGCUGUCUCCAGUUCUCUAUAAUUUAGAGAUGCAAAACUGAGCCUGAAAGGAAUGAGCUCCAGAUAAUUAGGUGCUUGUCUGCAGGUGUAACCAGCGUGGCUGCCUGCAGCUGCUGCCCUUAAUAUUGCUGAUUUUUGUUUGGAAGCAUUGGGGAAUGAACGAGAUGCUGGCGCAACAAAGAUGGGUUCUGCUGUUCUAUUCCUCCCACCCCAUUCCAUCAGCUGAUGGUGAGGCUGAAGGGCAGCGUGGCACAGAGCAGGUAAGGGUGCUGGAAGAGGGGUUUGGUGGACUGGGCACUUGAAAGUACAGAAGUUGGAGGAUAGAGAGAUGUGUGCAGUGUAGAUCAGGUGAUGUUAUGGCAGGCAGAAGGGGCAGGAAGCGUCUGGGUUACGUAGCAGGAAGCACUAAGAUAAAUGAUCCUUAGUUGGGUAAAAAGCUCAAGAUGAAUUUCAGGACAAGUUUUUAUUUUCAGGGAGAGUGCUGGUUGGGAGCAUGGUGUGAUCUGGGUAAAUGCUGACAGCCUCACUGCUUGCAGCGUCUGGAUCAGGACUGCGCAUGGGAGCAGUGCUUAAUGAGGAACCCUUAAUUAGCAGAGGGACAGAUGAGCCCACGGCUUUGUUAGUGCUGAGUGGGGAUGGAGCCAUGUGAGGGAUGGAGCCCCGGGCAGCAGUGGGGAGCUGCCUGGGCAGUGCUCCGGUGCAGCACAGAGCUGCUCGUUGUGGUGUUUGUUGCACAUGUAAAAUAGCCCGUGACUGAAAAUGUGAAGAGAAUUUGGUUUUACCAUUUGAUACGGAGAAUAAGGUGAUGAUUAAGAGGCCAGUUUACAUAAACACUUUGUUGAUCCACUUACAUUUUAUGUGUCCUGACAAAUAGCAAUGCAGUUGGGAGUGUUGACUCCACGUGUUGCAGUAAGGGUCUUGAUAUCAAACUGUAAAACAUUGAAACAAGCUUAAUAGUAGCUUUUGCCUGAAGAUCCUUUUGGUUAUAAGUAAGUACAGCAGGUGAUGAAUCUCGGAGCAUGGUUUGCAUCUGCUUGCAGCAGUAGGGCUGUAGUUUGCAGCCUGGUAGUUGUAGGCAGUGUUCCCACUGUAAACCCCACUGCUGCCAUUUUGCAAACACCUUUUAAUGUGUUCUUUUAUUUGAGCAGUCAGCAGUCUGUCCUUGAUGUCAGGAUUAAUGAUGGGUGUGAGGAGGACGUGGCUUCUUAGAGAAGUCUUUGCCUGUGUCUCUGAACCUCUGACUGCAGUUUGAUGUGCUCGUGCCAGGAAAAGUUGUUUAUUUUUGGGGGUGUCUCGAUGGGUUUUGCUGAUUUAAAGUACCUGCUAAACAACCAGGCACGUGGCUGUGCCACUGCUCUGCUGGGGCACGGGGAGCAGCUGCUUUGGAGCAGAAAGUUGGGAGGGUUUGCACAACUUCUUCCUGAGGAUGGAAGUUCCUGUGAUGGAGUUCCCUCAGACACGGAGCGCUGAUGCUGCUCAGCACUGCCCAGCUGGGGGCCCUUCUAUUCUGUGCACCAGAAAGCUGCAGAUGGUGCUGAGGGUUUGGGUUUGCUGUGGUUCCAUGCUCUGUACGCUCGCCUGAUGGCUUUGUCUCAUAUUUUUGGCUAUUUAAUGCACAGUUGUGGUACAAGCAGGGCCAUGCAGUGGGGUUGUUUAACCCCGGGAGCUGGCAGAGAGCUCACUUGUGUUGGACAGGAGGAGAUCUUGGCGAGGAAUUCCUCCUGGCUGUAAGUGCUGUGCAUUUGUUGUCUGUGUGGCAUGGCAGCAUGGGUGGUGUGCAGCAAUAGGGGCUGAAUUCCCCUGGUAGCAAAGAGUGCUGUGGGCAGGCUGCACUGGUCACCUCGCUCACGGCGCUGGAGCACCGCUCUGCCCAUCCCGUCCCAUAGGAGCCCCAGGAGCACCACUCUGCCUUUCCCAUCCCAUCAAAGCCCCAAGAGCACCACUCUGCCCAUCCCAUAGGAGCCCUGCGAGCCCUGCUCUGCCCAUCGCAUCCCUUCAGAGCCCCAGGAGCACUCUGCUGCCCACCCAGUGCCUGCAUUUGCCAGAAGCCAGGUGCAGGAAAUAAGCACUUUCUCCACCCUUUGGAUCUCAUUAGGGCUUACUGGAACUUAAGGCACUUCUGUAUCCAUCAGUCUUGUGCUCAGAUCAAGUCCUGUAGCAGAAGGACUUAAAGGUUUCCUUUUAAUCUGAUGAGAACCAUCGCUUUCCAGAGAUGAUGUGGGAGCAGCUGCCCUGGCAGCAGCCCACCCAGCCCUGGGCGCAGGCAGCAAGCUGACUGCUCAGAGAAGAUUAUUUUCCCAUGGCUUACAUGAGUUCUAAAAUAAGAAAAUAAAUCCUAACCUGCUCGAGGAUGAAACAGUUUUUCCAAACUCAGGAACGGUCCCUUUUGGAGUAGGGAUCGCUCAUUUGUUUGUUCCUUUCCCCCUUUAUUUCAUCUGGGUGCCCUCGGUACCUUUCCAACUCGGGAGAACUACAGCAGUUGGCUCCACACCGAGACGCAAAACCUGUUGGCAGCAGCUUCCUUGUGUGGGCGAGGAGGGGACUUACUGCCACAGGGAGGCAAGUGCAAACAGGGCGAUGGUGGCUGUGGCUCUGCGUGGGGCGGCGGGAGGAAGCAGUGCUGCCCCCACCUCCCUCCCCGUGCUGCUCUCCUUAACGUGCUGCCCUCAGGAUCCCCCGCGGCCCCGUGCAGCAGCCCCUGGAGGAGCGGAUCUUCACGCCGACCGUCUCUGCCGUGUACAGCACUGCUCCUUACCCCUCAGGACAGAAUGCAGCUCCAGCCACGCUGGUGUACCCUCAAGCUCCACAAACAAUGAACACUCAGCCUCAGACCCGCUCGCCGUUUGCAGCGGGGCCUCGACCUGCCCAUCACCAGUUUUUUCAGAGGCCUCAAAUCCAGCCUCCACGAGCCACCAUCCAGAACAGCAGCCCUUCCAUCCGUCCUGGUGCACAAACACCGACCGCAGUGUAUCAGACCAACCAACACAUCAUGAUGGUUAAUCACCUGCCGAUGCCGUAUCCCAUGCCUCAGGCACCCCAGUACUGUAUACCACAGUAUCGGCACAGCGGCCCGCCCUACGUCGGGCCCCCCCAGCAGUACCCUGUGCAGCCGCCGGGGCCAGGCCCCUUCUAUCCAGGACCGGGUCCUGGAGAAUUCCCCAACGCCUACGGAACACCUUUCUACCCGAGUCAGCCGGUGUAUCAGUCAGCGCCCAUCAUAGUGCCUACGCAGCAGCAGCAGCCUCCACCAGCAAAAAGAGAGAAAAAAACGAUCCGGAUCCGGGAUCCGAACCAGGGGGGCAAAGAUAUAACAGAAGAAAUAAUGUCUGGCGGGGGCAGCAGGAACCCAACGCCGCCCAUCGUCAGACCCACCUCCACCCCGACCCCUCCUCAGCAGCUGCCCAGCCAGGUCCCAGAGCCCGGCCCUGUGCUCUAUGGGCCAGUGGAGAGCAGCCACCUCACCGCCAGCACCGCCGGCCCCGCGGCCAUCGCCCCGAAGCAAGAAGAGAAGCCAAAACCAGACCCAGUAUUAAAGCCGUCUUCUCCCGUGCUCCGGGCAGAGCCCGCAGCAGAGAAGCAGGACCCGGCCAUGGCGCUGGCUGAGCCCACCCCUCCGCACACCCCGCCGGCCCCCGCUGCGGCCCCGUCGCCGCCCCCGCCCCGCUCACAGCCGCUGCCACCGCCGCUCCCGCUAAACCCUCGCCCACCGCCGACCCCGAGGAGAGAUGUGAAGUCGCUUCCCCCAAGGAGGAGGCGAUGCCUCUCCCCGGCCCGGACACGUCGGUCGCGGAGCCCGCAGAGGAGCCCCGCGGCGAAUUGUGCCGGGAGGCGGGCGGCGCUGCGGCCCCCGGUGAUGUUCCGGUGA